AUGGAUGGCCCUCUGUCGAGUACCGGAGAGGACAUGGGAAGCUUUGAAAAUCCCGCAAGUAAUGUAGAGACAGAAACCGAUGACAUAAUUCAACAAAAUUCUGAUAAUGACCGAGUUGGGGAGGAGCCCAAACCUGGUAUGAAGUUUGCCACUGAACAUGAGCUUAUGGCUUAUUACAUGAGAUAUGUCAAACAACAAGGUUUUGGUGUUAUAACACAAAGGACGAAGAGAGAGGCUAAUGGGAGGGUGAAGUAUUUGACUAUUGGGUGUGCACGAGGUGGCAAGUACCAUCCUAGCCAUAGUAAUAUCUCGAGGCCAUGCCCAACUAUUAAAACGGAUUGUAAGGCACGGAUAAAUGCUCACUUGGUGGAGGGUAGUUGGGUGGUGACCAUUGUUGAAAUUGGCCAUAAUCAUAGUACUGUCAGCCCACAAAAGUCUAGAUUUUUUAGAUCUCAUAAGUGUUUAGACGAAUACAGUCAGAGGAUGCUUGAUUUGAACGACAGGGUAGGUAUUCGAAUGAACAAGAAUUUCGGGGCACUUGUUGUUGAUGCGGGGGGGUUCGAGAAUCUGCAGUUUCAAGAAAAAGACUAUCGUAAUUUUAUUGACAAAGCCAGACAAUUAAGGUUGGGUAAAGGUGGUGGCGAAGCACUUACUGAGUACUUCAAGAGGAUGAGGUUGCAGAAUGAUGGUUUUGUCUAUGUGAUUGAUGUGGAUGAAGAGCUGAGGUUGAGAAAUGUGUUCUGGGCUGACGCACGGAGUAGAGCAGCGUACAAGUAUUUCGGAGAUGUGAUCACCUUCGAUACGACAUACCUGACAAAUAGAUACGGUAUGCCAUUUGCUCCAUUUGUUAGGGUAAAUCAUCAUGGACAGUCUAUAUUGUUAGGGGCUGGCUUGAUUUCAAGCGAAAACACAAGUACUUUUGUGUGGUUGUUUUGGGCAUGGUUGGAGUGCAUGGAUGCUCGCGCUCCAAAAGCGAUCAUAACAGACCAAGACCGAGCAAUGAAAAGUGCUAUUGCAGUGGUCUUUCCACACACUCGCCAUAGAUAUUGUCUAUGGCAUAUAAUGCGAAAACUGUCUGAGAAAUUGGGAUCUCACGCUGCCUUCAAUGCAGGGUUGAAAACUGCCAUCCAAAAUGCCCUAUAUGAUUCACAGACAUGUGGUGAAUUUGAGGAGAAGUGGGGGCAAUUUAUUAAGAAGUAUGGCUUAUGUGAAAAUGCAUGGCUGCAAGGGUUGUAUAAUGAGAGGUCGUUUUGGGUACCGGUUUACCUUAAGGGAGUUUUUUGGGCUGGCAUGAGCACCACACAGCGUUCUGAAAGCAUGAAUGCUUUUUUCGAUGGUUUUGUGCAUUUCGGUACAACGUUGAAAGAAUUCGUCGAUCAAUUUGACAAUGCACUGCGGAAGAAGGUAGAGCUCGAGACAACCGCUAAUUUCAAUUCGUCCAACCAAACCAUCCCAUGUUCCUCCGCAUUCCGCAUUGAAAAGCAGUUUCAAUCCGUGUAUACGAACGCAAAAUUUAAAGAAGUCCAACGAGAGGUGUGGGGAAUGAUUUUAUGUAACUGCAUACUUAUCAGUAAGGAAUGUUGCAUUUCCACCUACGAUGUUUUAGAUGAAAUUACCACUGAUGAUGACCAUGUCAAGAGCAUCAAGUACACAGUUUACUUUAACAAUGAGGAGGUUGAUGUAAAAUGCACCUGUGCGUUGUUUGAGAUGAGUGGAAUUGUCUGUAGACAUGCAUUGAACAUUCAGGGAGGUAUGAGCUUGUGGUGA